AUGUAUCGGAAGUUGUCUAAGUUAGAACACUCGGAAAUAAAACAACUUCUUACAGAAGCUAACAUAGAUGUUGCAAAACAUUACGCGACAAACAAAAAAUCACUCGCUGACAUCCUCAAUGACUACAAUGGUGAAAUAACUUAUGAUAGAAUUCAUGAGUUCAUAAAUGCAAGAGCAUUUCCUUUAAAUGACGUUGCUAUUGACUUAUAUCAUAGACGUUCAGUACCUCAUGAAGUAAGAAGAGAAAUGUUUGACAUAACAAAUGCAAACGUUGGUCAUACUCGUAAAGCUCUUUCGCAUGAUGUUCGUCAAGAGAUGUUUGAACUUACGAACUCAAACGUUGGUGAAACACGAAAGAGAGACGACACACUGAAACAACAGAGAAGAGAGAUGUUUAAAAGUGCUAUAGAACAAGUUCGCAAAGCUAAUAAUGUCAUUCGUUCCAUUGACGACAAACCAAAAGAAGGUGAGAGAUGGUUAAAGAAAGAUGAAGAGAAUAGGAAGAGAAAUGUGAAGUCAGGCAAUAGACUCAUUGACUUUAACAUCGAAGCUUUAGAUGAACCAAACAGAGACUACUUACACAAACAUUUCGGUAAG